ACCUUCUACAACUGCAAUUCCAGUGAAAUUAAAAAAUUUACUCCACAAAAAAACUAUAUGCGGAUUCUCCAAAAUUAUCGGAAAUUCUCCACAAAAACGCUGGAUGGAUGGGCAAAAAGUGUGCAGAAAAGCGGCAAAAAUGUCUUUGUGAAAAUCGACAAAGGACGGGCUGGAGAACCGAUUCAACUGGUUGCCAACAAGGAAAUUGGCCAAGAAAUCCGAGUUGGCAGUGCAAUCCGAGCCACCGGAAGUUUGGAGCACAGUCGCGGAGCCCAACAGGAAAUGGAAUUUGUCGCCGAGCAGCUGAAAGUUGUUGGAAACGAUGAAAAUCCCCGCUACGACGAUCUCUCGCCCGACAAUCUCCGAAAAAAGACGCAUCUUCGAGCUCGAAACUCGAAAUUUGCGGCUCUUCUCCGUGCUCGAUCUGCGAUUUUUCGAGAAACUCACGAAUUUUUCAUGUCCCGUGACUUUAUUCAUAUUGAUACGCCGAAAUUGACACGGAAUGAUUGUGAAGGCGGUGGGGAGGUGUUUGAUGUGGUUACUACUACGUCCACAGAAGCCGGAGAUGGGGGGCUCAAAGAAGAGCCAAUGUUCCUUUCGGUUAGCUCACAACUUCAUUUGGAGGCUAUGGUUAGCCGUCUCCAACGAGUCUACAUCCUUGGACCCUCAUUUCGAGCCGAACGACAGCAGAGUCACGCACAUCUCAGUGAAUUUCAUAUGUUGGAAGCCGAAGUGGCUUUUGUUGAGACAAUUGAUGAAAUGUGCACACUUGUGGAAUCCUACAUUCAACACAUGAUCUCAUACCUGAAUUCGUCGAAACUUGAGCCAGAAACGGCGAUUAUUGGCUCAAAAAUCCCAAUUUCAAACAUCAAAUUUCCGCGAAUCAGAUACGAUGAAGCCGUGCAUCUUUUAGCUUUAAAAGGCUCAAAAGUGACGGCAAAAAGUGGAUUUUCGAAGAAAAACGAGCUGGAUUUGGUGAAGCUUCACGACGAUCAUCCGAUCUUUGUCACCCACUACCCAGUGGGCCAAAAGCCAUUUUAUAUGGCUCGAGACGGACAGCUAACCCUAUCAUUUGAUCUACUUGUGCCAGGAAUCGGAGAACUCGCUGGAGGAUCGCUACGUGAGCAAUCGGCAGAAGAGCUUCAGCGUCGAGGAUGUGGAAUUGAUUGGUAUUUGGAGAUGCGGAGGCGAGGACAGCCGCCUACCGGAGGAUUUGGAAUUGGAUUCGAGAGAAUGCUACAGUACUUGUUGGGUGUACAGAAUAUCAAGGAUACGGUGGCUUUUCCGCGGUGGCAUCGGCAUUGUCAGUGCUGAAAUUUUGGGAUUUUUAGGAUUAUAGUUUUAAUAAAAAUUUUUUUUUUUUGC